AUGCAAAGAGUAUCUUGUAAUAUUUCAGUUUUUAUUAGAAACCUGCAUCAAAAUUCUAGCCAUGAAAAGGUUGCCGCAAGUUCAUUUUUUCAACAAAAUGUGGCUUAUGUAUUAGCCAGCAACAGGUUAAUAAUCACAAAAUACGCCAACGAAACCACGGCCGUAGAGGAAGUAGAAAAAAAAAUUUAUAUGAAACUGAUGAUGUGAACCUAGUAUUAGAAAUAUUUGUAAGAUGUUGGUUUUGUAACUUGAACAAAUUUAUUGGUAGCUUGUGAGAUGUCUUUUAUGAAUGUAGUUUUAAUUAUUAAACAUGGGUAACAUACAAAAAACAAUAAUGGCACAAAUAUACAUAAAAAUCUUGAAAUAAAGGGGGUAGACACAACUUUGAAACACGAUAUAACUGAUAUUAUUUUUGGCUCAAUCAGAGAACAGCUGAUUGAAAUACCAGUAAUAUUAUAUUGCUAUAUCUGUAAAUUUUGUUAUCAAGCCAC